AGUAAGUUUCUGCUUUCCAAUUUUCCACUGAAUGUCUAAAGUCCAUUUCUCACGCUAACGCCCUGACACGGCCGCCUCACUCCACUCCUGAAAAACAGAGCAAAGAAACCCAGAGCAGGACCGGUGUUUUAUCUUCUGGCCAUGGCUGCCAGCGGUGUUCCGGCCGCCGAAGCUUCUCUAGCUUUGCAGACUAUCGAGCCGUCUUCCGCGGCUGAUGGAGAAAGAGGGUCGAGCUCCACAGCUCGGACUGCAGAGAAAGAUCCCAGAAAGAUAGCCAGGAAGUAUCAGUUGGAUCUUUGCAAGAAAGCUUUGGAGGAGAACAUUAUUGUGUGUUUGGGGACGGGUUGCGGGAAGACCCUCAUUUCAGUGCUUCUUAUGUACGAGUUGGGUCACUUGAUAAAGAAACCCCUGGAGAACAUAUGUGUUUUCCUCGCUCCUACAGUUGCUCUGGUUCAACAACAAGCUAGGGUCAUAGAAGAAUUUGUUGAUUUUAAGGUUGGGGUCUGCUGUGGAAAUUCUAAACAUUUGAAGAGCCAUCGUGAUUGGGAAAAAGAGAUUGAACAAUAUGAGGUUCUUGUUAUGACUCCUCAAGUACUUCUGCGCAAUUUGUGCCACCGUUUCAUCAAAAUGGAGCUAAUUGCACUUUUGAUAUUUGAUGAGUGUCAUCAUGCGCAACUUGAAAGUGAUCAUCCUUAUGCAGAAAUUAUGAAGGUAUUCUACAAAACUGAUGUGAAACUCCCUCGUAUAUUUGGCAUGACUGCAUCACCAAAGUUGGGGAAAGGUGCUUCGAUCAAUGGUCUGGAGACUUUGCUUCAUGCUAAGGUUUAUACUGUUGAAGACAAGGAAGAGUUGGAAAGCUUUGUCGUAUCUCCUAAAGUUAAAGUGUAUCAAUAUGGUCCUCUUAUGAACAAUGGAUCUUGCAUUCACAUGCCUUAUGAAAUGAAACUUGAGGAGAUAAAACGUAAGUGUACAUCAAUGCUCAGUAUGAAGACUGAUGAUCACGGUGUUCUCCAAAGCAGCAAAAGAAUGCUUUUGAGACUUCAUUGUCAUGUUAUAUUUUGUCUGCAAAGCCUUGGCCUUUGGGGUGCUCUAGAGGCUUGUUCCAUUCUUUUAAAUGGUGACCGCUUCGAGCUUAAUGAAUUAACAGAGGCGGAAGGAUAUUGCAAUGAAGACUCUGUAUGCGAUGAAUAUCUUUCUCAUGCGGCCUCAGUCUUUACUUCUGAUUAUUUGAGAGAUGGAUGCGAUUGUAAUGUGUCUUGUGCAGAGGUCUUAAAGGUGCCAUUUGUCUCAAAAAAACUUUUAUGCCUUAUUGGAAUCCUUUCCAAUUUUAGAUUACAGACAGAUAUGAAAUGUAUAGUGUUUGUGAAUAGAAUUGUUAUUGCAAGGUCCAUGUCUAAAAUACUCCAAAACCUCAAGAUCUUAGAAGCUUGGAAGUGUGACUUCCUUGUAGGAGUUCACUCUGGACUGAAGAGCAUGUCACGUAAACGCAUGAAUGUCAUUCUCAAGAAGUUCCACUCUGGUGAGCUGAAUCUAUUGGUUGCAACUAAGGUGGGUGAAGAAGGACUUGAUAUUCAGACUUGCUGUCUUGUAGUACGAUUUGAUCUUCCAGAAACUGUUGCUAGCUUUAUACAGUCUAGAGGUCGUGCACGCAUGCCCCAGUCUGAAUAUGCCUUUUUGGUGGACAGCAGCAGCCAGAGGGAGUUGAAUUUGAUUGAAGCUUUUAAAGAAGCUGAAGAUCAAAUGAACAAGGAAAUUGCAUUGAGAACAUCCAGUGAGACAUCUGUUACUUUUGAAGAAAGAGUCUACAAAGUUGAUUCUACUGGCGCCACCAUUAGUUCUGGAGCUAGUGUUUCGUUACUUUACCACUAUUGUUCCAAGCUCCCUCGUGAUGAAUUUUUCAAUCCCAAGCCAGAUUUCUUUUACUUUGAUAGCACAGAUGGAACAGUCUGUCGUGUAAUUCUCCCUGCCAAUGCUCCAAUAAAUCAAAUUGUCAGUAGCCCACAAUCUUCAAGAGAAUCUGCUAAGAAAGAUGCCUGUCUGAAGGCAUGUGAAGAGUUGCAUAAAUUGGGUGCUUUGACCAGUUAUCUCUUGCCGGAUCAUGACAAUGCGUAUGAAGAUGGAUUGAUGCUAGAAUCGUCUGAUUCUGACAGCUGUGAAGAUGAGGAGUCACGUGGAGAACUACAUGAAAUGCUAGUUCCUGCUGCACUUAGAGAGCCAUGGUCUAAACUGGAAAACCAUGUCUGUCUUAACUCUUAUUUCAUCAAAUUCAAUCCAGUUCCAGAGGAUAGGCUCUAUAAAAAAUUUGGUCUUUUUGUCAAAGCACUUCUUCCUAGAGAGGCUGCUGGAAUGGAAGUUGAUCUUCAUCUAGCUCGUGGUAGAUCUGUGAUGGCAAGGCUUGUGCCACUGGGAGUUGCAGAAUUUGAUAGAGAUGAGAUUCUGCAGGCACAGAAUUUUCAAGAAAUGUUCCUCAAGAUCAUCCUUGAUCGUUCAGAAUUUAUUCCCAGUUUUCUUCAGCUGGAAAAGAAUGAUAUUUGUAAAUCUGGCUCUUUAACGUUUUAUCUUUUGCUUCCGGUUAUUCUAGAUGAGCUCAAGAACACAAUGACUGUAGAUUGGAAAGUUGUCCGAAGAUGUUUAUCAUCUCCAAUUUUCAGGACUCCAGCAUAUGCAGGCAACGAAAUUGGAACUUCAAACAACUGCUUGCAACUUGAUAAUGGUCCUACAAGGAUAAAUGACAUAGAAGAUAGUUUAGUGUAUGUUCCAUACAAGAAGAAAUUUUUCUUUGUUUCUAGGGUUCUUCAUGAAAAGAAUGGGUACAGCCCAUAUAAUGAUUCAACAAGCCAUGUGGAGCACUUGAAUGAAAUGUUUGGAAUCCAACUUUCAUACCCUGAGCAGCGUCUUUUGAAAGUGAAGCAGCUUUUUUGCUUGCGGAACUUGCUACAUGAUCGAAAGAAAGGGAAUUCAGAAUCACGUGAACUAGAGGAAUGCUUUUUUGAGUUGCCUCCUGAGCUUUGUCAGUUGAAGAUAAUUGGCUUUUCUAAAGAUAUUGGAAGUUCAUUAUCAUUGUUACCAUCAAUUAUGCAUCGCCUAGAAGGUUUACUUGUGGCCGUUGAACUCAAGCAGAGAUUAUCUGCCUGUUUCCCUGAGGGAGCCAACGUUACUGCUCAUCGUAUUCUUGAAGCACUCACAACAGAGCGAUGCAAUGAGCGCAUAUCUCUUGAAAGGCUUGAAGUUCUGGGUGAUGCUUUCCUCAAGUUUGCAGUUGGCAGGCAUAUGUUUCUUCAACAUACUGCAAUUGAUGAAGGACAACUGACUAAGAAGCGUUCAAAGAUUGUAAAUAAUUCCAAUUUGUUCCAGCUUGCUAUUGUGCACAAGAUACAAGUGUAUAUACGUGAUCAGUCAUUUGAUCCCUGUCAACUCUUUGCACUGGGUCGUCCUUGUCGAAUUGUAUGUAAUAAGGAAACAGAAACGACUACCCAUGGUUCGAAUACUGCUGUUUUCAGAUGCACUAAAAAUCACCACUGGCUACGUAAGAAAACCAUUGCUGAUGUGGUUGAAGCUCUUGUUGGUGCAUUUAUAGUUGACAGCGGCUUUAAAGCUGCAACUGCAUUUCUUAGAUGGAUGGGCAUACAAGUUGACUUUGAAGCCUCCCAAGUUAAUAAUGUUUGCUGUGCAAGUGCAAGAUUCAUGCCGCUUUUAACUUUCAUGGAUGUCACUGACCUUGAAAAGUCAUCAGGGCAUCAAUUUCUCCACAGAGGUUUGCUUGUAGAGGCAUUUGUACAUCCUUCUUACAACAAGAAUGGAGGAGGCUGUUAUCAGAGAUUGGAGUUUCUUGGAGAUGCUGUAUUGGAUUACUUGAUCACAUCCUAUCUGUAUUCAGUGUAUCCAAAACUAAAUCCUGGUCAGUUGACAGAUUUAAGAUCGAUGUACGUGAACAAUAAUGCUUUUGCCAGUGUUGCAGUAUCUCGAUCCUUUGAUCAAUUUAUUAUCUGUGAUUCUGGAAACCUCUAUGAGGCCAUUAAAAAGUAUGUCAACUUUCUUAAAACACCUGCAUCAGCAAUUGUUCCCCCUGGCCCAAAAUGUCCCAAGGCUCUUGGGGACCUGGUAGAGUCCUGCAUUGGUGCCAUUCUUCUUGACACUGGGUUUGAUUUGAACUCAGCUUGGAAGAUAAUGACAUCCUUUCUGGAUCCAAUCACCAGCUCUGCCAGUUUGCAGAUUAAUCCUAUUAGGGAACUGCAAGAACUUUGUCAGCGCCAUAACUGGAAGCUGCAGUUUGUACCAGAAAAGAAGGGCAAGAUUUUCUCUGUUCAAAUAACAGUGAAUGGAAAUGAUGUUUGUUUAAGUGAUUGUGCAUCCAACCCCAACAAAAAAGCUGCUAUGAGAUUGGCUGCAGAACAAAUGUGUGUGAAAUUAAAGGCUCAAGGUUACGAAGUUAGGUCUAAAUUGUUGGAGUUGGAAGAAGUUUUAAAGUCAAAUUACAAAAUGGAACCGAGAUUGAUUGGAUAUGAUGAAACACCCAUAGAUGUGAUGCCUCCUAGUAUAAUUGAAUCUGUGAACUCAAAGGUGCGGGAACCAUCUAUUAGUGCUGCUAAAUGCAGACUAAAUUUCAUCAAUGAACAGCCAACCAAAACCUGCUCCUCCAGUAUCAAACCUGCAAGGAACGCAUCAUCUCUGUUUGAGGUGCCAGCUUUGCAACCCAGCAAGACUGAUGAAAAUAAUAGCUGUGACCUUGACGCACAGAACACAGGUGGUUCACUCAGAGGAACAGCAAAAUCGUGUUUAUAUGAAUUCUGUAAAGCUAACAGUUUAAAACCUCCUUUGUUUGAAUGUUGCAAAGAGGAAGGACCAAGCCACUUAAAAUUAUUCACCUUCAAGGUAGUUGUGGAGAUCGAAGAAGCCUCCGACUUAAUUUUGGAAUGUUUCGGAGCACCUAGGAUGAAAAAGAAGGCUGCAGCAGAACAUGCAGCAGAAGGAGCACUUUGGUACUUGAAGGGCAUGGGAUAUUUACCUAUUAGUGAGUGAGAUGAAUCUAACCUGGUCGAGAAAAUUAUGCAAGUUAGCUGUAAAUUUGAGAAUAACAAUGCAUGUAUGUUGAGGUCAACUGCAUCUUAACGAGCUCAUAGAGAGAGCAAGAGCGAGCAAGCGAGAAAGAGAGAGAGAGGAAUGAAAGAACAUUUGUUCUAAUUGUAGGUGAUUAUUAUGCUAUUGUGAGUAAUGCCUUCAAUCUAGGGACUAUUGCUUUACA